GACAUGGACGAACUCUCGAGUGAGAAGGAAAGAGUGCCUUCAAAGCGAGGACAAGUGGACAAUGGUCCAGAGCCACAGGAGGAGGGACAGUCAGAAGCAGCUUUUUCUCUGGGAGACAGAGAGCUGUCAGAAAAACAGGCAAAGGCAGGAGAUGAGGGGAUGCUGCCAAGGCGCCAAGGGCAGCCAGAGCCUGAGAGAAGGGCAACAGGAAGUCCAGAGAGACAGGGAAAGCUAGAAAGUAAAGGGACCCCUGCAGGAAAGUGCCCAGCUGAGGACCACAUGCCCAGAAAGGCCAAAAGCAAAACCAACAAGGGGCUGGCCCACUGCCUCAAGGAGUAUAAAGAGGCCAUCCAAGGCAAGUGCUUCAGCAAUGAGGACACGAGAGAAUCUGACGACACGGCAAGGGUGAAGGAAGAUGAGAGAAAGAACAAGCAGAAGAUGGGGGAUGCAUCUUCUUUUGGGAUGCAAAGAAGUCUGCAGGACCCCUUCUACCCAAGGGGCCCAAGGGAACUCAGGGGUGGUUGUAGGGUCCCCCAAAGGGACAUUGAAGACAUCCCUUAUGUUUAG